AUGUCAGCUAAUUCAAUAAAUGAUAUUAAAGUAGAUCAUUUUGGUUCAGGAAUUGAUUAUUUAGCAACAACAAGUCUUGGUCCAUGCAUUGGCUUCGUUGUUCUAUUAGAUAAUAAUCAACAUAUAUUUAUUGAACAUCGAAGUUCUGUAUACAUUCCACCCUUAAUCAAUUUGGCAACUGUUCGUUUAUGUUUUCAAAAUGUUGCUAAACAUGUCUCUGACUUAUUACCAAUAUCAAGCAUAACGAGUGUCUGGAUAUUUGGUGGAUUGAGUAACGAUUUAAAUUAUAGUAAAUUUCAAACAUUCAUUGAUGAUAUCAAUAAAUCAUCUUCUGACAAUGUGCUAUUGAAAAAUAUCAAAUAUGGUGAUGUAUGUUUCAAUUUGGGUACUAAUUUCCCAGAGAAUGGUGAAUGUAAUAUCGAUUUACUUGUUAGUCGAAAUUUGGAAGAAGAAAAUCAUACAAUCUAUAUCAUUCAAAAUGUCACAACAUUUACAGCAGGAAACGAAAUAAUUGGUGUUCUAGCCAUUGAAAUAAAAACUAACAAACGUUCGUUUAUGGUUAAUGUUUUUCAAACACAAAAUAAUCAAAACAAAACAGUGAAGGAAAUCAAUUUUCUUGUUGAAAGUAUAAAGUAUUUUCGUUUACGUGCUGAACGUGUUGGUGCAGAAGAAGUUAAAAAUGAUAUGGCAGCACAAUUGAUGAACGAUGCGAAACAAUUGUAUAAAAAAACAAAAGCCGAUAAGAAACGUCAAAUAGAGUUAAUACCUGCUGAUAAAGAAAUAUUUGAGAAUUAUGGUGAUAAUAAUGUUGAACACGACAGUGAAGAUGAAGAUCAAUUUAUCUAA